UUAACACCCGUUUUCUUCGCUCUUACGAUCCCAUCCGAGGUAUCUUUUACCACCUUACACUUCAUUCAUUGUGAUACCCAACAAAUGCGCUAAUGUCCGACGAUGCAUCACGCGAUAAGCCAAUCACUACAUGGUUCAGGUUCAAGCUUCCAGAAGACAUUUUACUUGAUCAGUCCUUAUUUCAUGCUCUGCAUCCAACUAGGGAACAGUGGACACAUGCCUGCUAUGGAAGGAUCAAGGAAUCUCCACAAGACUGUGUACUUCUAGUCAAUUGGGAUCGCACCAGAUCCUGGUCGGAGUUCUCGCAGUCAGGUUGCUAUGCAGAGUUGCUCGCCAGCCUUGGCUCUCAUUCAGAUAUGCCAGUAGUGACUGAGAUCAUCGACUUCUCCAGAGACUACGUCACUAUUGCUUUGUCGUCUCAUACGGAAUUGAAGACAGUUUAUUUCCCAGCUUCAGUCUUGUCAGAAACGCGCAGUGCUGUAUGGGACAGCGUCCGUCAUCUGGGGACUACAGUUUCCUACGGCAAAAAGUUCCAACAUAGGUACCCGUACAUAUCAACCCCGAGCUUGGGUUGGAUUGAGGGGAGUGUAAAGUGGGAGGGGCAGGAUGCUGUUGCAUGUGUCUGGGUUCAUAAAUGGAAGAAUCAGGAAGCUGAGGAGAAAUUCAAAACCACUGAGCGGUACCCGCACACGAAGGAUGGUGAGUUCAUAAGACCUCUCACUCUUGAGCUCUUUGAGCAAGGUCUGAGGGAUUUGGGCGCUUUGGGUUGGGAAGAAUGCCAUGUAAACUUUGAGACGAAAUGCUACAUCCCGUAGUUAAUGCGAUAAUGCAAUACUAUAUUUAAGAACCC